UAGUGACGUUGUAACCGUAAAUAACACAGGGACACACAUACCGUUUCAAGUACACGUGCAGACAUGAUUAACUUAAUCAAGAAAAAUUUUGCGAGAAAAUAUUUCAAGAAAUAUGUUAAAACGUCACAUUUUUCUCUUGUAAAUGAAAGACUUUCGAUUUCUUAGUAAGAAUGCCCGGAAUUUGCAGUAGUAAACAUGUUUCAAGGCCUAUACGCGAACAUUUUUGGCUACAGUGAUUGUUUGCGAAUAGAAAGGUAAAGGUGGGCGAGCAGUAAUAUAAAUGCGAGCAUGAAGCGCACUUGUGUACAACUUGCGAUGAGUGCAUAAGUGAUGUUGCUGUGCUCAGUCGUACAGUGUAAAGAUGUCUCUAAGCAAAAAUAUUCCUCGGUGCAGUCAGUGCAUCUGUAUGUCAAAAAGACAAUACGCCACUCGUAACCCCAUUCAUGAAAGAUCUACAUCAGUUGACAAUGAAAAGCUGCUCGGAUCAGCCUCGAAGGACAUGCCCACAAAUCAUUGGAAACUGCUUAAUCAACUGAAGGAUUUUGUAACGAAGACACCCAUUAACAAAGGUUUAUUAUUUGUAUUGAAUAAUGAAUGGGCGAAAGUUCUUCAGAAGAUUCCAUCACUUCAAAAUCAGCUGAAGAAACAAGAUACGUCGACCAUAUCACAGAGUUUGCAGAAGGUUACCACCAAGGAAAGCAGUACUCAGGAAUUAGCAAAUGUUUUGGAGGGACCGAACAAAAAGCAAAAUGAAAUUCGAAUUACAGAUUCGUCACAAGAAGUGCUGCCAAAAUGGAAAUCAUUCAAUAAAGCAAUGUCAAAGCCAAGCCUGAGAUCUAGAACAAAACAUGUGAUUGCAUCAAUAAGCACAGCCGAAAGUGAGCUAUCGAGACAUAAACGACUCGAAGAUUUGACAAACCAUUUAAAUCAGUACCCAGAGGCCAAGCAUCUAGUUAUAAAGGAAGGAGGUAUUGGAACCCUGUUACGUCUUCGUGCACAAACUAGAGAUGAAAACACGCUUGCCACAGUUCGUGAAGCUCUUUCAAUUUUGGGCUAUGUCGAUCCACCACCUGGUCGAGGAAUCAGGAUUUUAUCAAUUGACGGUGGAGGUAUAAGAGGUGUUGUUGUGAUAGAGAUGCUCAAGAAACUGGAAGAACUUACUGGGAAAAGUGUAUAUGAAUUGUUUGACUUCGUCUGUGGUGUCAGUACAGGUGCUAUACUAGCUUGUGUUGUUGGUGCCCAAAGAAAACCAUUAGAUGAAGUGUCCACACUUUAUAAAGAGCUAAGUACAGAAAUCUUUACUCAAAAUCCUAUUUGGGGAACCAGCAGCUUAGUAUGGUCUCACUCCUAUUACAGUACUGAGUUGUGGGAGAAACUGCUGAAAAAUUAUAUUGGAGAUACACAGCUUAUAAAGACCUCAAGAAGUCCCAAUUGUCCAAAGAUUGCUGUCGUCUCUGCUAUUGUUAAUCAACCACGAGUACAAGCCUUUAUAUUUAGAAAUUAUUCUCUGCCAUAUGGAAUAAUUUCACAGUAUACAGGAGGUUACAAACAUGCAUUGUGGGAGGCAGUCAGAGCAUCUGCAGCAGCACCAUCUUACUUUGAGGAGUUUAAACUAGGAGAAUAUUUACAUCAGGAUGGUGGUAUUCUCGUAAAUAAUCCAUGUGCUGUGGCUGUCCAUGAGGCACGACACCUGUGGCCUGGCUCUCCUAUUCAGUGCAUAAUUUCUUUUGGUACUGGCCGUUGUCAACCAGUUAUAGGAAUUCAAGAGGAAUCAUUGUCAUCAUCAUGGAAAACAAAGUUCUUGAAAAUUCUAGACAGUGCUACAGACACUGAAGCGGUUCACACAAUGUUGAAUGAUCUUCUGCCGGGAAAUGUGUAUUAUAGAUUCAAUCCAUAUUUAACAGAAAUGGUCUCUAUGGCUGAAAUAAAUCCAGCAAAAAUAGCACAGUUGGAAAUGGAUGCAGAGAUGUAUUUUCGACGAAAUGAAGAGACAUUCCAGGAGGCAGCUAAGGCACUUGUGGCAGCAAAAACAUUUGGGCAAUGGUGCCAAGAUUGGAUUAAUUUAAAAAGAGAAUUAUUAGGUAUCAAGUAACAGUAUCCAAGAAAUUCCAUGGAAUAUGUGAUUAUAUCUCAGGUAGUGAACAUGAUCAUUAAUGUUUCCCACUUUGAAUUUAUUUAGCUAUUUCAAAUUAGUGUUCCACCUUAGGCAUUUAAUUUUUUUUAUUUUUGCCAUUAUGGCUUAGUUAAUCAAAUGUUCACUUUUUUUGGCUGCACGUAUAUCCUGACGUACACAUAUUGUGUCAGUAAUUAAAGUAUCGCAUAUGCCAGCCUUCUUUUUAUAGUUGUGGUUUUUAUGCCUUAUUUUAUUACUAUUUCAAUGUUCGCCAAGAGGCAUGCAGUGCCUCAGUUGACAUUUGUUGUCUUAAUCAGAAUAAGUCCUAAAGUAUUCUGCAUAGAACUAAAUUUAUAUGGUCAGUUCAGAGCUUUUUUUUUAAAAGAAAAAAAAAAAAAAAAAAAAAACAACUUUCAAGGAAAAUAAAACUGUUAAGAACAAGUAUUACUACAAUUUUCCAACUGAUCGAAAAGAUUUAACAGACAGCUCUGUCUCUUGCUGUUACAGUGUCAUUUCAUUUCUGUGAUACAUUUUUGUGUUGUGUCUGACAUGGUUCAAUUCCAUAGAUUGAACAAUCUUUUGAGUGUUUCUGAUAUAUAAAAUAAUUUACAUUUAUGUAUGCUUCAAAGUCUGUCUGUCUGUCACUGAGUAAGCUAGCUUUUCAUGGCAAAAGCUGAAGUAUAUGUUUGUGAAUACUUAAUAAGAAACUUGUAUUCCGUAAUAUGAGUAUACUGAAUGUUAAUACCUGUUGGAAUGGAACUUGGUGUGUGACUGAAAGUUAAAAUAUUAUGUCUGAUGUGAGCAGCUAGUUCUGUAGCAGUUGGAUAGUCUGUGCACCUUGUACAUGUAUGAUAAAAUUUCAAUAUGGCAUUAUUUUAAUUUGUUCUUUUGUGAUAAACAGUAAUUCAUAUGUAUAUAAACAUUUACAAAUAUAAAGAUAGCUUUUCCAUAACCACUGAGCAGUAUUUCAUACCAAAGGGCAGCUGAUUUUUAGUGCAAUGUAUUUUUUAUAAUGCAAUAAAUAUAUGAAAGAGA